UCUGGAUCUGGAUCCGGGUCUGGGUCUGGGUCUGGAUCCGGAUCCGUCCUGGAAGCCGCUGUUUUCUGCGGAUCCGCCUCCGUCAUCCGUGCGCGUGCUCGACCGAACCGGAGCUCCACCGUCACCGCCACCGGAUAAGUUUACGGUCACAUCCACGGUCGUGUCGGUGGAAAUGACAACCGGACGGAUGCUGGUCGUGAUUCGUGUCCCGUGACUCCAGAUCUGAUCCGGAUCCGCAGCCUCUUCUAUGUUCAGCCUGUGCAGGGUCAACAUGCAGUUCCGCACGGUAACGGACGUGAAGGUGGUGGACGUGGAGAAGAGGCGGAACCCGUCCAAACACUAUGUCUAUCUCAUCAAUGUCACUUAUUCGGACAACACCUCCCACAUCAUCUACAGAAGAUACAGCAAAUUCUUCGACCUACAGAUGCAGAUACUUGACAAGUUCCCGAUUGAGGGAGGGCAGAAAGACCCCAAGAAGAGGAUCAUCCCAUUUCUCCCAGGUAAAAUCCUGUUCCGGAGGAGUCAUGUGCGAGAUGUGGCCAUGAAGCGGCUGCGGUUCAUCGACGACUACUGCAGGGCGUUGGUACGACUUCCUCCUCAGAUUUCACAGAGUGAGGAGGUUCUGCGCUUUUUUGAGACUAAAGCUGAAGACGUCAACCCCCCAGUAGAGGACUAUGGCUCCAAGCGCAAGUCGGUCUGGAUGUACGGCUUUACAGACAGUCCAAGGAAAGAGGCUUCAGGGAUGGACGGGUCGGAGCCCAUGGUUCUGGAACAGUACGUGGCCGUGGCCAACUACGAGAGGCAGGAGAAUUCUGAGAUCAGCCUGAAAGCCGGAGAGACGGUGGACGUGAUCGAGAAGAGCGAAAGUGGUUGGUGGUUCGUCAGUACGUCAGAGGAACAGGGCUGGGUACCGGCCACGUACCUGGACUCCCAGAACGGAACCAGAGAUGACCUGGACCUGGGCACCUCCAGAACUGGAGAAGUUACUAAGAGACGUAAAGCCCACCUGAAGAGGCUGGACCGGCGCUGGACCCUGGGGGGGAUAGUCAACAGGCAGCAGAGCAGAGAGGAGAAAUAUGUGACCAUUCAGCCAUACACCAGCCAAGGAAAGGAUGAGGUCAGCUUUGAGAAAGGGGUCACCGUGGAGGUCAUCCAGAAGAACCUGGAGGGAUGGUGGUACAUCAGAUACUUGGGUACAGAAGGCUGGGCUCCUGCGUCCUACCUGAAGAAGAUCAAAGAGGACUUCUCUCCCCGUAAGAAGACCCUGACCGGCCCCGUGGAGAUCAUCGGCAACAUCAUGGAGAUCAGCAACCUGCUCCAGAAGAAGUCCGUCAGCGAGAAGGACAUCCAGACGGACGCCGACGCGGGAUCCGCCCCCGAACGCCACAUCUCCAAGAGCGAGAUCAGCCUGCCCGUGCCCUACAACUCUGAGAUCAACGCCGAGACGGGGCGGCGGCUGAGCGCCGGCAGAGACACCAACAGCCCCUGUCUGGGCAUCGCAGCCAGCGCCGCCCUCAGCAAAGAGCGAGGAGGGGAGGCGGGGUCUCCAGCUGUGGCCAGAGUGGCCCCCCACCGGGUGGAGAUAGGAUCUCCAAAUCUACGACAGAAGCCUCCGCCGAGAAGAGACACCAACCUGGGUUUCCAGUUACCAAAGCCUCCAGAGCCCCCUGCUGUGGAAGCUGAGUACUACACCAUCGCUGAUUUCCAGUCCUCCAUCUCCGACGGCAUCAGUUUCCACGGAGGACAAAAGGCUGAUGUGAUAGAGAAGAACCCCGGGGGCUGGUGGUAUGUUCAGAUUGGAGACAUGGAGGGCUGGGCCCCCUGCUCUUACAUCGACAAACGAAAGAAGCCCAACCUCAGCCGUCGAAGCAGCACUUUAACUAGGCCCAAAGUCCCGCCCCCUGCUCCGCCUGUGAAAAAACCCGACUCUGAGGAAGCACCACCUACUGCUAACUCCGCCUCCAAAGCCUCAGAGCCCCCCAGCAGGCCUGUGUACGAGGAACCUGAAUAUGAUGUUCCUGCCGUCGGGUGUGAAGGUGAGUCUGACGCAGAUUCUCUGAAGGACGAUCGCUCCCUUGACGUGAAGAUCAGCAACGUGGUCGGAGACAAGUACCGUAGUUCCCCUCCGUCCUGCAAAGCCUCCCCUCCGGUCUGCAAGGCUUCCCCUGUUUUCAGCCAUCGACAACCCUCCUUUAGGUCAUCUGUUGAAGAGGUUGCAAAGGAGGAGUGUAUCUACGAGAAUGACUUCAGGGCCUCAACUUGCAUCGAGGGAACCUCAGUCAAAGGUUCCAGCGAGCCCAACUCACCACGGAGCUACCAUUCUUCUACCGUCCCACGCAGACCGUCAGGGUCCUCACCUUUAGCCGGUAGACCCAUGAAGACCAUGACCCCAGAGAUGAACAGGAGAAGCCAGACCCUGGGCAGACACAUCAACAUCAGCCACAGGUCCCAGAGGUCCCAGGACAUCAGCCCCCAUUCUUCAUCAGAUGAAUUGAGCAGAGGUUCUAAAAAAGGCCUAGGGUUCAACCGGGAUGUGGAGCAGAGAAUAGGCCAGAGUCCAUCCACUAGGCCAAAACCUUCUGUCCGACCUAAGCCUCUCCUGACCAAAUCUGAGCCACAGAGCCCUGAGAGGAUGGAUAUCACCUCCUUGAGACGCCAGCUGAGGCCUACGGGUCAGUUUCGACAUGGUCUUAAACCUUCUCAUGGGGACGACUCUGAAACAGCCUCUGUUAUCUCAUCAGAGGACUCGAUGUGUUCACGCAGUACCUCCGAUCUCUCAUCUGUUUACUCCAAAGGCAGCCGCGGUGACUCGGACUUGGAAGGCCCCAAUCUCUACCGCAGCCUGGAUGCUUAUAAGAAAGUCCAAGAUUCGGAGGUUAGCUUUCCAGCGGGGGCGGAGGUGGAGGUUCUGGAGAAGCAGGAGAGCGGUUGGUGGUAUAUCCGCUGGGCCUCUGAGGAGGGCUGGGCUCCCUCUUACUACCUGGAACCUGUUCGACAAGUGGGCGAUGCUGGGGGGUUAGAAUCAGAUGGGCAUGGGAGUGGUGGAAGUAAGUCCAACAGUCUGGAGAAAAAUGAGCAGCAUGUUCUGGCCCUCAACAACAUCAAUAUUCAGGGUCUGAAUAAGCAGCAUCAAGGUUUAAGUCGGAACACGCCACCAAUUCCUUCCAAACCUCCUGGUGGCUUCUCCAAACCGUCUGGGAUGGUAAAUGGAGGGGUACGAAUGAGGAACGGGGUACGACAAGUGGCAGUGAGACCCCAGUCUGUCUUUGUGACCACAUCACAGCCAUCCAAGGAUGCACACUACAUGACCGGGUCUCUGAGACGGAACGAUUCUCUUGGCAGGAGCGAUCAUUACGGUUCCGGUUCCGCUACACUCGGUGUUCGUAGGAAUGCUUCGUUUAGCACCGUCAGGCCACAUGUGGUCGUAGAAAGUCAGACGAGGCCCGCCGAGCGCUCCGGCCUUGGCUCCUCCGGCGGCUCUUACAGCACGAGCAACGUCCAGAACGCCCUCAGCAGAGUCAGCCAACGCAACGGCAUCCCAGUGUCCACGGUCCAGCCCAAGCCGAUAGACAAGAGCCAGCUGAUCCACAAUAACCUCGGUAGGGAUGUGUAUGUGUCAAUCGCCGACUACCGCGGCGAUGAGGAGACUAUGGGUUUCACUGAGGGCACCUGUCUGGAGGUGUUGGAGAGAAACCCCAACGGAUGGUGGUACUGCCAGGUGCAGGACAGCCUGCUGCCCCGCAAGGGCUGGGUCCCCUCCAAUUACCUAGAGCGGAAAAAAUAAAACCGACCCCAAACUCCCCCCCCCCCCCUCGACCCAACAUCUACUUCCCCUUGAUGUCUCCAGGAACGUGGACGACAUCUCUCCUUAAAGAAUGUCACCCGCAAUCUCCCGUAAGCAAUAUGUCCUUGAAAAUGUACAUUUAAGAGAAGGCUGUUAAAAGAAGAUGUUUUCAUUUGAUGAGGAAAGACGCUUUUAGUGCUGGUUUACUAAAUGUAGAGGUGGAGUUGUUUAAAGAUUGUAUGGUUUUGGAUCGGAACCCUGGGAUGAAAAACCCCGAGUUGAGAAAAUUUGAGGACAGAGUCUUUAUUAAACAGUAUGAAUGGGAGUCUGAACCUCUUAAAAGAGGUCUGCAUCAUGUAAUUCAGAAGUGGAGCAGGGUUCUGGCUCCGCCCACCACUGACUCUGACGGCUAAUAAGUGCCUUUUGUAUUUGAUCACCUGAGUGGAGGUCCUAAACGGUGGAUGGCAUAACAGUAAAUCAACCAAAUCUUUCAAGAGUGCCAUAGGUCUACGAACACCACCAAGAAUAUUUUCACUACCGAUGAACAGCUCCAAGAAAGAGUUGGAAGCAGAGUGUGGAGUUUGUGGACCGCUCUUAUUGGUCCAAUACGCAGAGUUUAAAGGAACAACAACCGAGUUUUAAGGGACUCGAGUCACUUGAGAAUUUACUGGUUUUUAAGCCACAGUCAUCGAUUUAAAAACAUAUAAAUCUCUUUUUAAGUGUU